UAAUGUAUAAAUUCCUCGGCAGAGCUAUACUGCUUGUUCAUUCGGUUUACUCAUCGCGCGGGGGAUGGUCUACAUUCUAUUGUUUAUGGAUACUUGGAUAGAAAGACUACUAGAAUCUGAACAAUAAGAACCUCAAUCAUUUCGUUAGUAUACAACAUUGGUCGGUGUGUCAUAACGAAUCGUGAGCGAUUAAUAGAUAUUUGUUCUGCAGAAAAGCCAGUUUAUACCAUAAAUAGGAUCUAAUUUAUAAGUGGUGAACAUCGAAUAAAAGUGAACUAGUUUAGAAACGGAAGGAGGUUCUGUUGUAGAUGCAGUUUAUAUUAAUGAGAUGCUGAUCGAGCCACGCCAAUAUAGAUAACAAUAAUAUUCAUCAUCUCCAUCGCUAUUAUUGUCGGCAACAUAAUCCAACUAAGAGCGUAAAAGUUAUCGCACGCACAAAGGCGUUAUUAGUGAUACAGUCUGCCGGGAACUGUGUGCAUUAAGCCCAGGAAAGUAGUGAAGAUUGCCAAACUGUGGAGAGGGCUUCAAAAGCACAGAUACAUGAAUAGUAAAUAGUUUAAAGUUGAAGUUUAAUUGUUACAUAGAUUUCUAGUGCGCAGAUUUGUAUGCGAGAAGAGACGAGGAACCGGUAGUGCGGCAGCAACGUUUUGGGUGAACAAAAACGGGGCUGAAACGAAACUGUGUGAACUUGGAGAGUGUGGCGGUCCGAUUUGACUGCAAGCACUUACUCAUCAGUGUAUCAGUACCGAUACUUCCUGAUCGUAUGGAUUAUUGGUACAGUGACUGAGUGAACUAGCAGCCAGCUUAAAACUGUAGUGCUCUUGGUAGUGCUGAAGUGUCUAUCAAUGGGUUCCACGUGAAAAGUACUCAGUAUUGUGGACACUAGCAACUCGAUGAUAUUUGGAAAAAUUGAAUUCGCUCAUCGUGAUUCAUUUUGGAUUAAAACGUUAUUCAAUCGGAACGUGGUUUACAAAUCCCUGCCGGGCAGCAUAAUGUGGAGAUAUAUUGUUAUCGUGGCUGUGUUUGGGGUGUGUCUGCUCAGAAAUCAUCAGAUCAGCGGGCAAAUCUUCGGCUACGAGCCCAACGUGGACUACCCGGCUUACGAGCGGAUUCCCUCCGGAUUAACGUUUAGAUGUUCCGAACGGAUGCCCGGUUACUAUGCGGAUGUGGAAACGCGCUGUCAAAUCUGGCACUGGUGUUUGCCAAAUGGCUACAUGUUCUCCUUCCUGUGUCCCAACGGCACCGUCUUUAAUCAAGCUGUUCGAGUUUGCGAUUGGUGGACCAACGUAAACUGUGGUGAUGCUGAAGGGCUGUACGGAAACAAUAAUGAGUUGUACCGGGACAUCGAAGGAAAUCUGAUAGCUGGAUAGUUCCAGUAGUGAAAAUCUGGAAAGUUUUGUAAUUUGUUGGCUUAAGCUUUCCUAUAGAUGAUAAGUUAAUAUUCGAUGACUCAUAGUCGAUAGUUAAGAACAUGACACCGCUGACUAUACGGUUUUGUACAAUAAAUAUGUUUUGUAUACUUAUUCAUAAGUUACCAACUUAACAUGUUACCAAGGACUUUAGAGUAAAGCCAGUGUAGAAUGCUAUACUUAUGAUAGAUCGAUCAACGAAAAAAAGAAUAAAGAAUGAGAUUUUUUUGUAUCUGAAAAUAAAAUCGCGGGUCUGCUGUAUAUAUG